AUGUCUUCCCAAUCACCGAGCCUACGCAACCUCCAGGCGUCGACCGUCUUCCUCAACUCGGCCGUCGCCGGCCUCAACCUGGGCCUCUCGGUCUUUGUCAUUCCCCGCCUCCUCGAGUCCCCGACCCCGCUCAUGCUACGACAAUGGACCAACAUGUACAAGCGGACCAGCCCCUUUGCGUUCCGACAGCUCCCCAGCAAGGCCAAGGCAUUCGCAACAGCCGCUGCUCUAUGUGUCUCUAUUGGUCCGUGGACCAGGUUCUUCUUGGGCAACAUCAACAAGAAGUUAUUCCAGAAGGCCGAAGAAACAAGGGACAUGGGUAUCAUGGCUGUUGGCCUGACCCAAGAAGAAGAGGAGGGUGCCAAAUACCUGGUCGACCAAUGGGGUCUAUACAACCUGGGGCGCAGUGUCGCCCUAGGUCUCGGAGGUGUUGUCGGGCUGUACACCGUCAUAUCCUGA